AUGGCUAAGACUGUCAUGUAUAGGCUAGCACUGUUGAACCUUGGCGCCAAAUUUGCCAGUGAUGUAUGCGAACGCUAUCAUGACAAUGACUGUGUUUGGUGGAUCAAAGAGAUCCAGUGGGUUGUGAAUGGCAUUUUUGCAAUUGCAGUAACAAGAGGAAGGGUCGAGGGGUCUAGUGGUGUCUCCACAGAUCAGGAGCGGACAUCCAUUGAUGCCAGAAGCCUGACCAACAUGACAUACACGGAAAUGAUCCAGCAAUCGAUAAGGGAUAUGGGAUCCGACUACGAUACUGUGGAAGAGGUUGACAUUGUUUCCUUGACACAUCAUAAACGAAGCAGUGACGAGCCGGAUCUUAUGCACCGUACCAUUGUGCGGGGCCUCAAGAGGGAGAAUACUACCCACGACGUUGCUUUCAAUCACUACAGCAAUGGCGGGACAGUACUGCAUCUUGGGGGUCCUAACCAAGCCCUUGCGGCUAAUCCUUCUGACAUGAGUAAGCGCGCUGGGUUCAGUCAAGCAGGGUUCAAAGUCUCCUUUACCACACGCCAGCCUGCUGCUCUGAACAAAGCCCAGAAGAAUGAUAUGGCUCAUGCUAUUGCUGUCGACUAG